AUGGGACUCCUGAGUGGUCGAGCGCUCGCGCUCCUUCCUUUCCUGCUCGCACUCCUGGCGUGGUUCAGCGCGGGAUUCGCGGGCGCGGACGGCCGUGUCUUCCUGCUGGAGUUGCGGAACGGUUCAGAUGCAAGCUUUGAGGCAGCUUCACAUGCAUGCGAGGUUCAGGGUGCGCGGGUGGCAUCAGGAAUGGAGCUCCAUCAUGCCGUGGUGGAGUGUGCCUUCUCCGCCUGCACAAGAGGCUGGCUUACUGGCCCCAGCAUCGGGAUCACAGUGUGCAGGAGCGUGGCUGGGAACUUACGGGCUGUGGACAUGCGUGUGGAGAAUGUGACUGAGACAUCUGAGCAACUGGCUACAUUCUGUGUAAAAGAUACAGGGGCUCCAUGUGGAGCACCACCAUCAUUCCCUAACACACACCUGCAGGGACAGACAGGACUGGAGCUGGGUGAUGAGCUUCUGUACGCCUGUAACCCAGGAUACACUCUGCCUAAUGGAGAGUCAGCCUUCAGCCUGCUGUGUGACAGCUGUGGAGAGUGGUAUGGCCUGGUGCAGCUCUGCGUCAAAGAUGAUGCUGAGGCCUUCAUCGACUAUGAAGACAAGCUCCCAGAUGACCAUCAUCUGUAUGAGGGCCUGGAGGAGGUGCAUCGUGUGAGUCUGGUGCCUGAGAUCACUGACAAUGAAGAAGAGGAAGAGUCUACGCCUGAGCCCGAGCAAGACGAGCACGUAAUGGUAGAGGAAGAGGAUGUCACUGAUGAGGAAGACCCUGCGGUGUCUGUAACAGAGCCUCCAGUGUCCCAGCUCAGCCAGAAACACAUGUUCUGGUUCCCUUCAGAGGCUUUCGAGGAGGAAGAGCAUCCCUUCACCACCACAGAAACACCCAUUAAAGCUCCCACCCAUGAUGAGAACUACAUCAUAGCCAAAACAGAUGACAGGCAGCCAGAGACUGAGAUAACCACAGAAGAAAAUGAUGGAGAACACCUAACUCCACCUCCGACUGACAAGCCUGUUGGUCACAGUGUGAGCAGCACGGAGGAAUCAUGGCUGGAUGGAUACCCUGUUCCACAAGAGGAGGAGAAAGCAGGUGCAGGGUCUACAGAUGAGGCAGGACCAGGAGUGGAUGCUGAGAGUGAUGAUUCAAAGGUGGAGGGGUUUAAAACUGUGACACACAGUCCUGAAGAGGCAGGUGUGGGAGGAGUUAUCCACGGCCAACAGGAGAAAGGACCUGAAGGUACAUCUGAGACAUUUGAAGAGCAGGACAUUGGGAGAGGUACUGAUCGUCAAGAGGAAGAAGAGACUGAGGGUGUGACUGAAGGUACUGAAGGGAAGGCUUAUGGGGGAGUGUUUCCCAGCUAUGAGGAAGGUUAUCAAGGAGUUACUGAUGUGCCUAAAGGAAAGAUAUCUGAUGGAGUCACAGAGCUGUCAGAAGAAUUAGUUACAGAGGAACCUAGAAUAGAGGAGAUGGAAGGAGAGGCCAAGGGACCAGCUGAGGUGGAAUCCAAGGAUGUGAUCGACAGAUCUAAAGAGAUCUUUCAUGGUGUAACUGACAGGGCAAAUGAUGUGGAGAUGAGCCCUACUUCUUUCACCGGCUUCACUCAGAUCACAGCUGGCAUAGAUGACAUGACCUUCAACAAAAGACCAAUGCCCUACACGCCCAGCUCUUCCCCUGAGAAUGUCAGUACCAGCCAAGAAAGAAUGGGUUUUGAACACACGGUCACACCUUCAGGCAUGGCACCUCUGGACACCACACCUACUCAAGAGAUACACAUUGUCAGCAAUGUGGUCACGCCCACAAUCAGUGUCUCUUGGGAAACGAAAGACUUUGGCCAUUUCCUGGAACAGAUUCCCACCAAAGAGGGUGAUAUCUCGGUUGAAAGCCACGACAAUCAGAGUGCGAUGGAAGGAGACACGGAUCAACAGGAAAAAGCAGAGGAUGGAGCUUGUGGGGUAGGCCCUUGCCAAGUAGCUGGUCGUGGGCCAACCAUCGCAGCCGUUAUCGUUGGAUUAGUAGCAGCUGUUGUUGGUGUGGCCUUAGGUGUGUGGUGUUACAAAAGGAGGCAGCAGAAGAGCUCUCACUAUCAGCUCAAUGGAACUAACAGACAAACGCAAUGUAUCGAGCUCCAGCAGACUGUGUAA